AUGGCGUGGACCGUCUCCUGCUCGCGCGUCUUCGUCAUCAGGUUCUCGGCCUCCUCCUCCUCGGGAGGCGGCGGCGGCGGGCACGGGCAGCAGCACCGGAGCAGCGGCAAUGCCGUGAGGGUGAACGGCGCGGCGCACCGCGCGCCGCUGCAGGUGGGCGCGGCGCUGGAGACGUCCAUCAACAGGUCGCUGGCGGAGCUGAGCGCACCGGUGCUACCGCUGCUGCCCGCCACCGGGGGCGACGGCGACGUCGGCGGCGAGGAGCGCAGCCGGCAGAACAUCCCGACGGAGAAGCAGACGGUGGACCCGUUCCGGCAGGCGCUCAUCGUGGAGGGCGGCGUGCGGUACCAGCAGACGCUGGUGCUCCGGUCGUACGAAGUCGGCCCCGACAAGACGGCCACCCUGGAGACCGUGCUCAACCUUCUCCAGGAGACCGCGCUGAACCAUGUCUGGAUGUCGGGGCUGCUCGGCGACGGCUUCGGCGCCACGCACGGGAUGAUCAGGAACAACCUCAUCUGGGUCGUCUCCAGGAUGCACGUCCAAGUCGAUCAGUACCCGAUCUGGGGAGAGGUGCUGGACAUCGACACCUGGGUGGGCUCGUCGGGGAAGAACGGCAUGCGGCGGGACUGGCUCAUCCGUGGCCGCAACUCCGGCGACGUCUUCGUCCGAGCAACAAGUACGUGGGUGAUGAUGAACAAGGUGACGAGGAGGCUGUCCAAGAUGCCGGAGGAGGUCCGGGGCGAGAUCGCGCCGUGGUUCAUCGACCGCCAUGCCAUCCAGGAUGAAGCCACGGAGAAGAUCGUCAAGCUCGACAGCACCGCCAUGUACGUCGACUCCGACCUUAAGCCCAAGCGAAGUGAUCUGGAUAUGAACCACCACGUCAACAAUGUCAAAUACGUGAGGUGGAUGCUUGAGACUCUUCCUGAUCACUUCUUGCAGCAGAACCAGCUUAGCAGCAUCACCCUGGAGUACAGGAAGGAAUGUGGGAGCUCAGAUGUUGUGCAAUCCAUUUGUCAACCUGAUGAAGACUCAAUUCCACCACAAGAAAAUGUCAGUAUGGUCAUUGGACCUUCACUUUCGCCGGAAAUCAUCAGUGGCCACCACAGCUUGGCAGGUGCACUCCAACAGAGUCCAAUGAAGUACACGCAUCUUCUGCAACUGAAAGCAGGUGACAAGUACGAGGAGAUCGUGCGAGGGAGAACUACGUGGAAGAAAAAAGCAUAUAAAGCUCCCUGA